UCUGAAUCAGAAUUAGAAAGCGCCGUUAAGGCAGAGAAUGCUCUUCCUCUCCUCUACGCCUUCUCUCUCAGUUCCUUCCACGAGAGCGUUCCAAUCUUCCUCAUCCUUCCUCCUCUUUCCUCGAAACCCUAGUUCGUUUCCCUCAACGUUUUCCAAACUCCUCAGAGCCAGUUCUAGUUCCACUGGAGAAUCAGAAUCCAAACAAAAUCAAGAACUGAUCAGAACGAGCUAUGCAGGCGUAAAGCUAGAGGACACCGUCGAUGAUAUCAAGAAAGGCAAGCUCAGGCUCGAUUCUUGGAUCUCUUCUCGGAUUCAAGGUAUCAGUAGAGCUCGAGUGCAGUCGAGUAUAAAGUCAGGCCUCGUCGCCGUGAACGGCCGCGUCGUCGAUAAAGCUUCGCACAAUUUGAGGCCUGGAGAUAAGGUUAACUGCGUGAUUUCGGAUUUGCAGCCAUUGAAGGCUGAACCUGAAGAUAUACCGUUGGAUAUAGUUUACGAAGACGAGCAUGUUCUUGUUGUUAAUAAACCUAUACACAUGGUUGUUCAUCCAGCACCAGGAAAUGCUUCUGGCACUCUUGUGAAUGGCCUUCUUCACCAUUGUAGUCUACCAACAGUUUCAUCAACAGAUGAGGAGUUUCUUUCAGAUACAGAGCAUAUUUCUGAUGAUGAAGAUGAUGAAGGUUUCUAUUCGAGUUCAUCUCAGGCAUCCAUUCGCCCUGGGAUUGUACAUAGAUUGGACAAAGGCACCAGUGGAUUGCUUGUUGUUGCAAAGGAUGAACAUUCUCAUGCUCAUCUGUCAGAACAGUUCAAGCUACAUACUAUCCAAAGAGUAUACAUCAGCCUUACUUGUGGAGUACCCUCACCACUUGCUGGACGUGUAGAUGUUCCAAUUGGUCGGGAUUUGAAUAAUCGGAUUCGCAUGAUUGCUCUACCUGGAUUGAGGAGCCAUGGACGGGUUCGUCAUGCUGCUAGUAGGUACAAAGUGAUUGAAAUACUAGCUGAUGGUGCUUCUGCACUGGUUGAGUGGAGAUUAGAAACUGGGCGAACUCACCAGGUUAACAUUAUGUGUUCAAUUGAAUUUAAACACUUCAUGUUGACUGUAAAAGUUCUUUCCCUGAUAACAUGCAUUUGAGCAUCAUUGAGUAAGUCACAGAAAAUUGUCACAGCCUGCAUUUUAGUUUCCAUUAAUGUAAUAUAUACCCCUAGAAAAUUCUCCCCUAGACUGGUGAUUUGGUGUUCAGCACAUCAAGGGAUCUUUCACCAGUUGUUCUAUAAUUCUAGUUAAUAGAUAAAAUUCUUCACAGAAAAUUGUUCUAUCAUGAUGUAAUGUUUGUUCUCUUUCCUUAUUUUUGGGCAUUAGUCUUGUUUUCCCUUUCCUUUUUAUUCUGGAGCAUAAGUGUUGUUUUCUGUCUCCUUUUAUUAUUAGCUUAUUAAGUCAUAAAUUUC